AUGUUCCCGAAACACAACAUCUAUGAAGUGGAAAAAUACAACACAGCCAAAAAUCCGGGGUUCCAGGUUUGGGAUGGGACGUGUUUGGAUAUGGUGGUGAAGUGUUUGAAGUGGUGUUUGGAAAUUUACGAUACUAGAGGGAAUCCAAUUGAUAAGGUAUGCUGUAAAGAUGACGGCUUCGCCCCAAAAGGAUCGUGGCAUAUUGGCACCAAAGAGAGAGGCAUGAACUACUUCCAAUAA